AUGGGGUAUGGCGGUGAUCAGGAUGCUGGUAUGGGGGUAUGGCGGUGAUCAGGACGCUGGUAUGGGGUAUGGCGGUGAUCAGGACGCUGGUAUGGGGUAUGGCGGUGAUCAGGACGCUGGUAUGGGGUAUGGCGGUGAUCAGGGCGGGGGUAUGGGGUAUGGCAGUGAUCAGGACGCUGGUAUGGGGUAUGGCAGUGAUCAGGACGCUGGUAUGGGGUAUGGCAGUGAUCAGGACGCUGGUAUGGGGUAUGGCGGUGAUCAGGACGCUGGUAUGGGGCAUGGCGGUGAUCAAGAUGCUGGUAUG